AUGAAAUUUGCCGAACAUUUAUCAGCACAUGUAACACCAGAAUGGAAUUCACAAUAUAUUCGAUAUGAUGAAAUGAAAGAGUUACUUGCUCAAGCUAUUGUGAAAGCACAGCCAUUCGUCGAUGAAAAUGAUAAGUUGUUGCGUGAACAAUUUUUUCUACGUGUCGAUGAACAUUUCUUUCAAUAUUGUGAAAAGGAAGCAACAAAAAUCAAUACAUUUUUCGCAGAAAAACUUGCUGAAGCAUCCAGAAGAUGGGAAACAUUGAAAUAUGAAGUUAUGCAAAUGGAACAAGCACAUCGGUCUACACUUCAUCGUUCAAUAGUAACAUCUUCGGGUAGUGCCCGUUCCAAUGAUCCAAAUAUUGGUGCUACUAAUACAGAUGGUGGCACAUCAACAAAAUUAAAACGUCGUUCUGGUCAUAGCGAAGACGAUCAUUUAACGGUAUCAUUGACACGGGUACUACCUGAAGGUUUACUUGAAAAAACUCGUGAAAAACAUUCACAACGUGUUCAAUAUCGAAAACGAACUGAUUUAAAAUUAGCUUUCAGUGAAUUUUAUUUAAUGCUUGUUCUAUUACAAAAUUAUCAAACACUUAAUUUUACGGGUUUUCGUAAAAUAUUGAAAAAACAUGAUAAAUUAUUUCAAACAACUCGCGGUGAAGAAUGGCGAAAAUUACAUAUUGAUUCUGCACCAUACCAUAUAUCGCAACGUGUUGAUCAAUUAAUUAGCGAUGUUGAAAUGGUGUAUACUGAUACAUUCGAAUCGGGUGAUCGAGCUCGUGCAAUGAAACGUUUACGUGUACCACCACUCGAAGAGAAGCAAUCACCAGCCGUUACAUUUCGUGUUGGAAUUUUUGUUGGAAUGCUUUGUUUACUACUUCCCACCGUUAUUGUACUCAGUACACAUCUUCACGAUAGUCAAUCAACGAAACCAUUAGCUUGGCGACAAGCAUUAUUUUUAUAUCGUUCAACAUUUCUUGUUGUUUUACAUAUUGUUCUAGUUGGUAUAAAUGUUUAUGGUUGGUCAGCAUCUGGUGUUAAUCAUGUACUUAUAUUUGAAAUCGAUCCACGAAAUCAUUUAACUUAUCAACAAUUUCUUGAAAUCGGUACAUUUUUAUUUGUUCUUUGGUUUUUAAGUUUUACUGGAUUUAUUCUUUCGUCUUAUUAUGAUUUUCAUCCAUUUGUUCACCCACUUGGUUUUGUUACAUUGAUACUUCUUUUGCUAUUUAAUCCAACGCCGACACUUUAUCAUCAUGCACGUUUCUGGUUUUUAAAAACAUUAUAUCGAGUAAUUUGUGCACCGUUUUAUCGUGUUGGUUUUGCUGACUUUUGGCUAGGCGAUCAAUUGACAUCAUUAGAAUUAAUAUUUUUUGAUAUAGAAUAUUUUUUUUGUUUUUACAUCUAUGAUGUUGGAUGGUGGCCGGUUUAUUCUUUAUCGCCAACUCGUAGUGCACUUUGUAAUGGUUGGCUUCAAAUAGUUUUACAAACAAUAUUAAUGAUUUUACCAUCAUGGUUUCGUUUUGCUCAAUGUUUAAGACGAUAUCGUGAUACAAAACAAAAAUUUCCUCAUUUAGCUAAUGCUGGAAAAUAUGCAACUGGAUUUCUUGUUAUAAGUACAAAUUCUGUACGUCGUGCAACAACCAUACAUUUUCUUAAUGAUCCAACAGCAAAUCCAUUUCUAUAUGUUUGGAUUAUUGCAUCAUUUAUAGGUGCGACAUAUAAAUUAAUAUGGGAUUUAAAAAUGGAUUGGGGAUUUUUCGAUGCAAAUGAUAAUGAAAAUAAAUUUCUUCGUGAACAAAUUGUUUAUCCGUCGAAAUUUUAUUAUUAUGCAGGUAUUAUACAGGAUGUUACUUUUCGUUAUAUAUGGAUUAUAAAUGUCUUUAUGCAUUUUCGUACACGAUCCGCUGAAUAUGCCGAUGUAAUUGGUUUCAUAUUUGGUUUAAUUGAAGUUUUUCGUCGUUUUAUAUGGAAUUAUUUUCGUUUAGAAAACGAACAUUUAAAUAAUUGUGGAGAAUUUCGUGCUGUACGAGAUAUAAGUAUUGCGCCAAUAUCAAUGAGAGUUGAUCAUGGAACUUUAGAAGAUAUGAUGGACAAAGAGAAUGGUGUUCAUAAUCGACGUAAUGCCAAACGACAUGAUUUAACAAAAGAAAAGAUCAAAAGAAAAACAUUAACUACCAAUGAAACAACUGAUAAUGAUACUGCUCAUGUUAAUACACCGUCUCAAUAG